AUCACACACCAAAUUUGACUCUUUACCACAUCAAUGAUCAAUCCGCUGUACAUAUAAUCCCCUUCUUCCACUCCAAAUCAAACGAAAAUCAAAUCAGAAUAUAAUCACAGCACAGAAUCAGCAAAACAGAAAUGGCAUGCAUGGCCAACGCCACCGUCGUCUUCUUCUUCCUCGCCGCCGCCGCCGUCAUUAGCUGUCACGCAGCACGCGCGGGCAACUCCACCGCCACCGCCGCCGCCGCCGGCGACUGCAAGCUGUCGGACAUCACCGUCACGGCGGCGAGGACGGGGAAGGUGGUGGAGGGGCAGCCGGAGUACGAGGUGGCCGUGUCCAACGGGUGCGCGUGCCCGCAGAACGGCGUCAGGGUGAGCUGCCCCGGCGGCGGCGGCGGCGGCGUGCCGAGCGUCGAGCCGGUGGACGAGAGCAAGAUCCGCGCCGACGAAGCCGGGCUCUGCCUCGUCAACGACGGGAUGCCGGUGGCGAAGGGCUCGCCGGUGACGUUCGUCUACGCGUGGAAGCAGCCGCUGGAGUUCGCCGCCGCGCAGGCGACGCCGCGGUGCUCGUGAUUGGCUGCCCCGUCGUCGCCGGCGAUCGAGGAGGAUAGGUCCACGGGUGGGGAAUAUGAGUGGUGGCGGGAAAUAACAGGGUUUGAUUGUUAUUCAGAGUUUCAGACCACCAUACAUCAAGUGAUUGUUUUUGUUUAAUUUCUUUUGUAUCAAUCACAUUUUUCAAUCCAUAUAUCAUCGUGCAUUUUCAGUUUUUGUUCUUAAUGUGAGACAAAUAUGUUUCAACUCAAAUACAUGUCUAGAAAUAUUUAAAACCUCCACCAAUAUGAAUAGAGAUACAGCCUGGAGAAGCAUAAAACCCCAUUUGGACGAACCCAUGAAAGCAUAAACAAAAGCGAACAAAAAGUUAGAUUUGCUAAUUAUAGAUUAUGUAUUGACUUGUAAGUAGGAAAAUUUCAGACGGAGUUUGUAAGGAAUUACACAACACUCUCUUGGUCCUAUGUACUCCCAUAUCCCCAGUCCACUGAAGAAUCACAUUUCAGAAGCAAUUGAAGUGCACGACAAGGAACAUUAUCAUCUGAUUUUAUACAGACAUGUCUCAGGUCGUAAGACAGCUUGAAGGCGAUCGCGGUGACUAAGUAACAAAAAUGAGAUACAGAAGGCAAAAUAGCGAUGAUGUACGAUAAGAACAUUCGUGUAUCCAUUGGUCUUCAGUUAAUGCCGGACAGACAAGGGCGAAGGACAGACAUUUGGUAUGCAACUUCUUGUCCAGCAAUUUACCACUUCCACAAGAAUAUGAACGACAUAUAUGCCUAAAUCUCAAACCUAUUCCAGUAAUACCGAAUAAAUCGAGUUAUGUAGUUCUAAAAUAAGGCUGAAAUAUCACCCGCUGAUGUUGCCUAGCCAGAAGAGCAUGGGAAAUUGCACAACCGCGAGGAAAAGAAGAAAGUAGUGAUUCCGGCUGGGGUGUCUCUCAUAGCUCCUUGGUGCGCCCAGAAGAACCCUCUUCAUCGUCUUGACAA